GCAUGGAUAUCUUUAGAGUGCUCAGCCGAGGUGCUUCUUUGAAGAAGUCGAAGCAGUUGGUGACUGAUUAUGCCUUGCCGUCGGGGCAGAAGACUCACAGUCAGAAGAAGAAAGAGGUACAUGUUGAGAAGGAGGUUGACAGGGAGAUUGAUUUCUUCAAGACAAACAAGUUCAAGGAGUUGGCGAAGUCUCAGGAGUUGAAAGACGAGGAAGAGGAGAUCGAUGCCGUCAAUGAUAUCGAGGAAGAGGAAGAGGAGGGUGAAGGUGAGGGCUUUGAGGGACCAUCGCCAAGGGUCAAGACAGAAGAGGAGGCACAUGCUCUGAGAAAGUCGUACAAGGCAAACGUUACCGGUGACGACAUCCCACUGCCGAUAGGCUCUUUCGAGGACCUCAUAGCGCGUUUCAAGCUGGACCAGAGAGUGUUGUCAAAUCUUAUAGAUGCCGGCUUCACAGAGCCUACCCCGAUUCAAUCGGAAGCCAUCCCAAUAACUCUGUUUGACAGGGACAUCGUGGCAUGUGCGCCAACAGGUUCAGGUAAGACGUUGGCAUUCUUGACACCAUUGGUUCAACAGUUGAAGACCAGCCAGAGAAAAGGCCUAAAGGCGUUGAUAAUCUCGCCAACCAAAGAGCUGGCACAACAGAUCUUUGAUGAGUGUAACAAGCUGACAAAGAGAACCGAUGUGAAGACCGCCAUCUUGUCGAAGUCCUUGAGUGGGAAGUUGAAAAACAACAUCGUCAAGAAGGAUAAAUUCGAUUUGAUAAUCUCAACUCCGUUAAGACUCAUUGACGUUGUGAAGAAUGAGGCGUUGGACCUGUCUACUGUGGAACGUCUGAUCUUUGACGAAGCUGAUAAGCUGUUCGAUAAGAAUUUCGUCGAACAAACGGAUGAGAUCUUGUCAAAGUGUUCCAAUCCGAAGUUGAGAAGAUCAAUGUUCUCUGCAACGAUCCCUUCAAGCGUGGAGGAGUUGGCAAACUCCAUCAUGGUUCACCCUGUAAGAGUGAUUAUCGGUCAUAAAGAAGCUGCCAAUCAACAGAUUGAACAAAAAUUGGUGUUUUGCGGUAACGAGCAAGGUAAGCUCAUCGCUAUCAGACAGCUUAUCCAAGAAGGUGAGUUUAAACCCCCAGUACUUAUCUUCUUGCAAUCCAUUACUCGUGCGAAGGCUCUGUUCCACGAACUGUUGUACGAUAGAUUAAACGUUGAUGUGAUACACGCGGAGAGAACACAGGUCCAGCGUCAAGAGAUCAUUGAUAGAUUUAAGAAGCGUGACAUUUGGGUAUUAAUCUGUACAGAUGUGCUUGCGAGAGGUAUAGAUUUCAAAGGUGUCAACCUCGUGAUCAACUAUGACGUUCCAAACAGUGCUCAGGCAUACGUGCACAGAAUUGGUAGAACUGGUCGUGGUGGACGUGAGGGUAAGGCUGUCACAUUCUACACAAAGGAAGAUUCGGUGGCUAUUAAGCCAAUUGUCAAUGUUAUGAAGCAAAGUGGAUCCGAUUAUGACAAAUGGAUGGAUAAUAUGACAAAGAUCUCAAAGAAUGAGAAGAAGAGGAUCAAGAAUGGGCAGAUCAAGAGAAAGGAUAUCAGUACAGUACCAAAGAUCGUGAAGCAGAAGCGUAGACAGAAAACAGACAUGAUUGAAGCUUCGAAGAAGCGCAAGAGGCUAGAGCUCUUGGAGAAGGAGUUCAACGAGAAGCAAGUCAUAAUCUCGGACGAUUAA